AUGUCAAGUGAACCUGGAUCUGUUAAGAGAGAGGACAGUGCUGAGGAGUCAUCGGACGUCUGCGAGAUCUGUCACACGGAACGCGACCUGGAAAAGAUGUUGAUCUGUGACGGAUGUGAGCUGGGGUACCACAUGUACUGCUUGACACCACCACUGAACAACAUCCCAAAGACCGACUGGUAUUGUGCCAAAUGUCUUGUUGCAGGAGACGAAUUCGGAUUCGAGGAAGGCGAAGAAUACUCCCUCAGUAGCUUCCAGCAGAAAUGUAACACCUUCAAGAAGAACUGGUUCGAGAAGGCAGGAUACACGGAUGGGCGCGUGCCAGAGGACGCUGUUGAGCGCGAGUUCUGGAGGUUGGUGGAGAGCACAUUUGAGACCGUGGAGGUGGAGUAUGGUGCAGAUCUUCAUUCCACACAGCAUGGAAGGUUUGUGAAGCUCUGCCUUGCCGCGUCAUAUGAGUAUUGUAAGAAUGGAUUCCCAUCUCUGGAACGAAACCCCAACGACAAAUACUCGACACAUCCAUCCAAUCUCAACAACAUGCCAGUAUUGCCAGAGUCGCUCUUUUGUCACAUCAAAUCGGACAUCUCGGGCAUGAUGGUCCCAUGGCUCUAUGUCGGCAUGUGCUUCUCAACGUUCUGUUGGCACAACGAGGAUCAUUACACUUACUCGGUCAACUAUAUGCAUUGGGGCGAAACGAAAACAUGGUACGGCGUCCCCGCAUCGGACGCGCUGAAGUUUGAGGACACUAUGAGACGAGCUGUUCCAGAACUGUUCGAACAACAACCCGACCUGCUCUUCCAACUUGUCACCAUGCUGUCCCCUGAACGACUUGUCGCCAACGGAGUCAAGGUCUUGGCUCUUGAUCAGCGUCCUGGACAAUUUGUGGUCACGUUCCCGCAGGCAUAUCAUGCAGGAUUCAACCAUGGAUUCAACUUUGCGGAGGCGGUCAAUUUUGCGCCGCCUGACUGGUGCAAGUUCGGUCUGGAAUGUGUACAGCGGUACAAGGAGCAUCGGAAGCACCCAGUGUUUUCACAUGACGAGCUGAUUCUUACGACUGCUUUGAAUGACCCGAGUAUCGCCACAGCAUACUGGCUAAAGGAUGGGAUACAGGACCUUUUCGAACGGGAGAUCUCUCAGCGCCGCGACGUGAAAAAGGAAUAUCCAAACAUCAAGAUCUCUGUGGAAGAGGCUGACCGACCAGAGGAAGAGGUUCAAUGUCUUCACUGCAACACCUACAUCUACCUUUCUCAGAUCGGAUGCCAAUGCCAGACAAAGGUCGUAUGCCCUGACCACAUUUCCGAGCUCUGCAAAUGUGACUCGCCGAAACGAUUCCUGCGUCUGCGGUACUCGGAUGAUCGUCUCAAGGAGAUUCAGGACAAAAUUGUGGAGACCGCUGCGAUCCCUGACGCAUGGACUCAGAAAUACAGGACUAUGAUGAUGGAAACCCGUACGCCGUCUCUGAAGCUCCUCCGGUCACUUCUUGCCGAAGCCGAUCGCAUUCCAUUUCCUAUCAAGGAAGCUGGUCACUUAAGAAAGUUUGUGGCCGAGGCGAAUGACUGGGUCGAGGCGACAACAAAGGUUUUGGUCCGCAAGCAUCAUCAGGGUCGCCGACUGUUGGAGAGAGCUCACGGAACAAGCGGGAAGCGACUGGAGGAUCUUCAGGAUAUGCUUCGCAGAGUGGAGAGGAUGCGGUUUGAUUGUCCUGAAAUCAAGCAGCUGGAGGAUUCGAUCGACACCAUUCUGGAAUAUCGCGACGAUGUUCGGAGAGCACUCAACAAACCCGAGCAUGACCUCAAUGAGUGCCGGGAACUGUACGAAAUCGGUGCUUCGAUGAACAUUGGCAUGGACGAGAUCGACCAGCUGGAGACGAUUGUGAAGGAUCUCAUAUGGAUCGAGCGAGCUCAUGCCAAGGGCGUCGAUACUGACGAUUACCACCUGAUCUGCAGUCUCGUUGCAGAUGCUCGCAAGAGCGGUGUGUCGCUAUCGAACCCUCUUUUGAAGGAUCUCAUCAAGAAGGAGGAAGAAGGGCAUUUCUGGGAGGACAGGGCCCAGGCAGCAUUGAACAGAAACCCAGUCGACUUGGCAGAGCUGCAAGACGUCAUCAGGAGUGGACAGGACAUUCCAGUAUCAAGAGCGAUUCUCUCCAAGGCAGAGCACCUCUACAACAAGUCAGUGGAUUGGGCCAAGUCGUCGGACCAGCUGGUGGAACGGAGCGGGGAACCAGAGUAUGAGGACCGACCAUCCAUCUCAGAGUUGAAGCGUGCACUGAAACUCGCGGAGACCGUCCCGAUUGAGAUUGCUCACAAGAGCAUGUUUGAGGAAGAGUCCAGGAAGUUUGACGACUGGAUGGCGUGGACCCAGUCGCUUUUCUUGCAACCAGGCUCCAGGAGGUCUUCGGGAUUUGAACUAGAGGAGUCAUUGGAGGACCUGAAGGAGAAUGUGCAGACAUGCACGAUGGAGGAGAGGAUCCCACCGAUACUGGUCACGGCGAAUGGGAUAUUGGAGUCUCAAAAGGCUGACAAAAUCAAGAACGGCGCAGGAUAUACAGCAGCACGCAACGUCGAGGCGGUGUCUGGAUUCGCUCAGCACACUGACAGACCUUCUGAGGAAGCCAACGGAGCACCGCCUGCGAAGAAUGGAAACGCCGAGCCCUCCCAACGAUCCUAUGAGGCACCCCUGACUGCGGAAGAGGUCGCUCAAAUAUCUAAUCUGGCAACCAAGACCCUCUUGUAUUCGAAGUCUGAGACCAUGGAUCCAGAUCGCGAGGAGCCAAUCUAUUGUCUGUGCAGGAACCCAGAGUCUGGAAUGAUGGUGGAGUGUGAUGAAUGUCACGAAUGGUACCACGGAACCUGUGUACGCGUCACCAAACGGGAGGCCAGCUUGAAGUCGAACUACAUCUGCCCGGUCUGUAACUUAAGCCUUGUCAUCCGACGCGACCGUCCGCGCCCCACUCUGGAUGAGCUCGCGAGGUGCUUUCAUGAAGGACAGAGUCUCCGGUUCUACACUCCAGAAGUUCCGCUCUUGGGCGAGAUUUUUGACCUGGCAGCACGAUUUCAGCAGAGGGUGGACAGGUUUUUGCACUACAACCCCAUUAUGGAGGAGGACAUUGGACAAGUCAAGGCGUACCUCCGCAAGAUUGAGGGUAUGGACAUUGAACUCCGGGAAGAGCGGGAGGCACUUCGCGGCCAUGUUCUUCGUCUUUGCCCCGACUCGAUGCCAGUUCCUGUGGUAAUGUUGUCCAACUACCCGACGGCCCCUCCCAUGUCGGCCAUCACCAACCUCUGUCUCUGCCGCAAACCAUUUGUCGAGGCAGAGGCAAAAGGAAAUGACGGUGCUGUUCUGGUCCAAUGUGGAGGCUGUCAGGAUUGGCAUCACAUCCACUGUGUGGGUCUUCAUUUGGAGCAGGCUCAGCGACUCAACAGGUUCUACUGCCCCGUCUGCACCGUGCUGAGAAAGAAGACGUAUCAAUACGGCGCGCUAGAAUACCACGACGAAGUCCAAGCAAGAGCUACUGAGCGGAUCCAGUACAACAAGGACCAGGCUGAGCUUCGUCGGAAGCGACGGAAGUCAAGCAAGGAUGAGCCCGAGUUGUCAGCUAUUGCACACGCAGCAACGGAAGGCGAUCAGGGGGGUGGGCCAAAGUCAUCGAUGGGAACUUUGACUGGACCAGUUGAGGAAAGGAAGAAACGGCCUUACAAGAAACGCGAUCCUCUAGCGGAGAAUGGCGACAAACCCAAACCGAAACGCCGAAAGUCGAUUGUCCAGUCCAUGCUCCCAACUGGAACCAAUGGACCGAUGCCACAGUCGCCUUCUGCACCGGGUCCCGGAUCCGGAUCGACGGCAACUCCUACGUCCCCAUGA